UCCAAGUGAGACAUCUCCAUGCCAGAGAUUUGAGGACAUCGGACCAGCGUGAAGAUACUCUACCACAACCAUCCAUUGUUACACGACCUUGGAGGUUGGCCACGCAAGCUUCCAACAGUCUGCGAUCCGCCGUUACACAAGCUUACGUCCACUGACCUGGUCUCUGGAACUGGCACAAAACACCGUCGGGAACAGCAUCGAUAGGUCCUUCGGAUCCAAUAGUAUCUCCAACCUUGCAGCCGGGCUGCUGGUUGAAUCCUUUCCUGCAGCAACGCAACCCAACGGGUCGGCCUGCCAAGGAUCCCUUCACAGUCUCGGGCCUUGAUCCAGCGGGACGGACAACCCCAUAGCGAGCAUAAGAGGCGACGCUCAUACCAAUCAUGAUGGAUACCCGCAUGCUGAGAGGCGAGAGACCCUGGCAGCUAUCACCUCCCCAAAUGCGCCUUUUCCGAGCUCUGGUUGUCGGUGUCCUGUUGGUCUCCGCGUCAGCGAAAAAGGAUGAACCCAACUUUCCAUUCGAGACCAAGCAAUUGUCCAAGCGAGAGACGACAAACCAUCAAAAUAUCGCCUUUGGAGAUCCCUCCUCGGUGUCCCUCAACCACAACCGACCGACAUGCAAGAUUGGACCCCAAGAUGCGGCUUGGCCUACCCUGAACGAAUGGUCAAAAUUGAAUACAACGCUCGGUGGCAGGCUCCUGAAGCCAUCUCCAGCACCCAUUGUCUGUUAUCCAGGGCCAAAUUACAAUGCGGCUGCUUGUGAGUUCCUCGUCGGCGGCGCGGCCAGGCGCACCAGAUUCUGGCUUGACGAUCCCCUCAGUGUGCUCAGCCCCUGGACUCAGGGGAAUACAUGUCUGUUAUCUGCCAACGUCAGUGGGCCUCUGAGAAGCUGCACACAGGGAGGGUUUCCGGAGUAUGUGGUCAAUGCUACGUCCGUGAGGGAUGUGCAGAUAGCUGUCAACUUUGCUCGGAACAAUGAUAUCAGGUUGAUCAUCAAGAACACGGGUCAUGACUUCUUGGGUCGUUCAAGCGGUUACGGAUCACUAAGCGUGUGGACACAUUACCUAAAGGGCAUCGAAUAUCUCCAAAGCUACAAGGCCAAUCAGUACAAGGGCUCAGCAGUCAGGCUCGGUGCUGGAACCGAGACCUGGGAGGCAAACAAUGCCAUGAUCGCGCAGAACUUCACCAUCGCCGUGCCCAAGCUCCCCACUGAGACGGUUGGCAUCGCUGGCGGCUGGUUCCAAGGAGGCGGCCACUCCAAUCUGGCUUCUAUCUGGGGCCUUGGAGCCGAUCAAGUCCUGAGUAUCAACCUUGUCACUGCCGAUGGCAGAUUCAUGACGGCAAACAAGGACACUAACAAAGACCUCUUCUUUGCCCUGCGUGGCGGAGGUGGAGGCACCUACGGCGUCGUCACCUCGAUCGUUGUCAAGGCCUCCAAGGGACUGAUCACCCUCGGCACCGCUACCUACGGCUUCACUACAGGUCCAAUUGCCCCCACGACGUUACAGAACCCAACCGCCAAUAUCACCAAUACCCAAGACUUUUGGAAAGGGGUAGAGAUCUACCUGGCCUUUGCGAAAAAGGUCGUCGACGCCGGCGGCUUCGGCCACGGAGACGUCACCUACCACGGCAACACAAGUUUCUCCUUUGCGGGAAUAUUCCUUAUGCCCGGGUUCUCCGCAAGCAAGACUCAGGAGUUUGUCAAUCCGCUGUUCCAGUCGUUCCGUGAUGAAGCCGGCAUCAACAUCACCACUCCUGUCGCCACGCUGGUCACCUAUGCUGAACCUGGGAAUGGGACAAACACCGCGCCGGGAAGCGGUGCUUUCUCUUCACGCCUUCUUCCCCGAAAUAACUGGGCCAACUCAACCAGUAUAUCUCAGACUUCCAGCGCAAUCAAAAGAGCAGUGGAAAAGGGCUUCAACAUCCGCACCCGAGCCUACGGUCCAAAGCUCGAUCUGGUGACAGGACCCUACGCAGCGAGUGGUGUGAGCCCCCACAUGAGAAGUAUGGUCAUCCACCUGACGGUCUUCUCUCUGCUCGACGUGUCAUCGCUCUGGGUGUUGGAGUCCACACCCGGUGAAGCAGCGAGCAAUUUCAAGGCAGAGCUGGCUAGGCUGGAGGAUGCAACUGAUGAUAUUCGACGGGUGACUCCGGGGAGCGGGGCGUAUUACAAUGAAGCUGGGAGGUUGGAGCCAGACUGGCAGGAGAGUUUCUUUGGGGGGGAGAAUUAUGGGCGGUUGUUGAGGGUGAAGAGGGAGAGGGAUCCUUGGGGGUUGUUUUGGGUUCAUAAGGGGGUUGGGAGUGAGGGGUGGAGGGUGGAGACGGGGGAUGGGUUGACGACGAAUAAUGGGCCGUUGUGUAGGGUUUGAUCUGGGGUUGGAGGUGGGCACUGUCGAGAAGGUGGGAGGGUGUUUGGACUUGAUGGGGGAUGAAUAUUUCGAGAAGAGGUGGAUGCCGGUGAGGCAUGGGCUUGGAAACUGGAUGCAGAGUUAAGCGCUGUGGUUCCUACAAGACGUUAGGUUAUCUGUACGCGAGGAAUAGAGGCAAUUGAUAUGUGUCGUUUCCAUUUA